AUCAGAUUUUAACAAAUGUCCACAACCACAAUUUGAUGGAUGUUUUUGGUCAUCCAUAACUACAAUUUUAUCAUUCAAAAUUUUGGUCAGUGUAAACAAUUCUUUCACUGGGGAUACAGCCACUAACUCUUUCAAUGUUGAGACAUAUAAGAUAGGUAAAUUUUCUGUCAAUUGUACAUUUAUUUCAGGGAGAAUAUAUGUAUAAAAAAACAGUAACUUACUUAAAGUCCAAUAAGUUUCAUGUCUAUUUUAUAAAUAAACUAAUUAUGUAACAAGAAAUGGUAAAGAGAAGAACCUCUCCCAUUGGAUCUUGCUUUUAAUUUAAUAAUUAUUUUUACAUUAAAAUUAUAUUUAAAUUAAGAUGACAUACAUUAUAUAAUUUUGUAUACACUUCUUUCAUAAAAAUGCAGUCAAACCUGCUCAAGUUGAAGAUUUUUCUCUAACAAAACAAGGUGAUCAAGAGGGCUGUUAUCUAUUAUCUUGGAAGAAUACUAAAACAUUUGAUGCAGUCUGUCAAGUAUUUCACAAACGUCCAGAAAAUACAGAUUAUGAGGUUAGGAAAAUGAUGUUCAGUACCAAUCAUUUUUACAAUUAUAAAGACUGUUUAAUGUCAUUCAUUAUUAUAUUUGAAUCUGGCUUAUAAAGCCAACCACACGCUGAUCGGGAAUCAGAUGCCCCAUAUCUGAAGUUACAGCGCCAUCAAUUAUUUUCUGGCUACUACUUUAAGUGUAUAGAAUAAAAUAAUGUACAUUUUAUUAGUAUUUUUGAAUCUUUGUGAUGACUGCUGCUUUCUAAAUGACAACUUCCACCAAUCUUCCCUAUAUUUAAAUACAUAACCAGACAUCAGUGCAUUAUCAUUAGAUACAAAAUGAUCAACAUCCAUUUUGGUGUUUUAUUAUCUUUAUUGAAAUAAGGAGUAUUCUUGCGUCUCAAAAAUCUUAGUGCAUUAAUCUGAUGAAACAAUUUGAAUGGCAUAAAGUGCCCUAGUUCCUUAAAGAUGAUAUUAAGGUUUUGUGAUAUUAAUAUUAAUUGUAAUCAUUCUAACAUUUAAACUCCCCAGUUAAGACUAGACAACAUUACAAAGACAAGCAACAUCAUUUGUGAGUUGAGGCCUAACACCAUGCAUAAGUUCUUUGUUCACUGCUACCCAGGUGGUAAUUUCUUAGGAUAUUGGAGUGAUAAAACAUAUAUUUACUAUUUCACACCUGAGGCAGGUAAAGAUUUUAGAAUAAACUUAUUUAGACUUUCAAUAGAUGAAUGCUUUUUAAAUAUAAAAAAGUUUUCAGAUAAUUGCACCAUAUUUAGUCUAAAGCAGAUACUAGGAAGCUGAAGUCUCCAAAAAUGAGAGUGAAUCAUAUACCCUAGUAUUGCUAGUUGAAUUUUAAAAUUGUGUAUUUAAAAAAGAAAAUGCCUCGAUCUUUGAAGUUCAUCCUUUUAAAUGUAAUGUCUGCUUUAUUUUGUAGCACCAUCCACAGGGCCUGAAACAACUAAUGGCAGUUACAUUUUCAGUGCAUCAUGCAUGAAUGACCUGCUCAAUGUUACAAUUUUCUGGAAGGUAAUUUUUAUACUCUUAAUUAAAACAAUAAAUUCACUUUGUAAGUUUAAAAAGUUGUGAUGAUUUUGAUUUAGGGGUUUUAUUUUUUUAAAAACCACCUUUACAUUAUUUUGUUAACAAUUUAAAAAAUUAAAAAAGCAAACAAUAAUGCUUAUCUUUUGUUUUAAAAAAGUAAUUAAAAUUAAUUUUUUUUACAUUUCAUCAGCUUUUUCAACAAAAAAAUAAUUUAAAAAAGACAAAGAAAUUAUAACUUUUAAAUUCUUUUUUCUCAAAAUAACACGUAAAAUCCUUUCUAAGGUUGGGUAAAUAUUAAGCUACAGGUUUAAACAAAUUUAAAAAGAAAAAUGGUACUCACAAAGAUGAAACGAUAUUACAGUUUUCUUAUUAUUUGAUUUAAAAGAAUGGAAUUUGUCGUUGUGUGAGUCAUUUAUUGAUUAAUUUUACUUUCAUAUAAUUAUAAUCAUAAAAUUUACUUUCUUACAAAGUAGUAUAUGAAUGAGUUAAUAAUAACAUUUUUAUCAAUAGGGCCGACAUGUGCAAAUGAAACAUUCAAAUUGUUUAUGAAAAUUUCAAUAGCACAUCUUAAAGGAUGUUAAACAAAAUCACACCACUUACUCUACUUAAAUAGUCAUCUGGAAUAGGAAUGAAAAUGUUAAGUACCAAACUUUAGAAUUAGUGUCCAAUUCAUAAUUUACUUUUUCUUCUCUUAUAAUGGUUUUCAUCUUGAAAAUAAAAAAGCCUUGACUAAAAUUAUGCCAAUUAUGAAUUGAAUUAAAAUUAAAAGUUAGGAUUUUAUAUUCUUUUGAAAUUCAUUUUUAGGAUGUUAACGAGUCUGCCAGGAACGGCGUAAUUACAAAAUAUAUUAUUAAACACAAGGGCCAAGUUUUGAUUGAAGUGGACAAUGGUAGUUAUAGUGCAACUGUUGAUAUACCCUGUAAUAAUUUACCCACAAAUUU